CUUGACUCUCUUAUUACCGAGCCGUUUUCACUGUAACACAAACAGGAUACAUUUGGAGCUGAUUGCUAGCUGCCAGCUUGGAGUCCGGUUGCUCUGAUGGCAGGAGGAGAAGCAGCAGGCGUUGAUCUCAGCAGGAAGUUUGUAUCGGAGUCAGAGCUCGAUGAGAGGAGAAAGAAGAGGCAGGAGGAAUGGGAGAAAGUCCGGAAGCCGGAUGAUCCAGAGGAGGUCCCGGAGGAGGAGUACGACCCACGUUCGCUCUUUGAACGACUGCAGGAGCAGAAGGACAAGAAGCAGCAGGACUUUGAGGAGCAGUUUAAAUUCAAGAACAUGGUGAGGGGGUUGGACGAGGAUGAGUCCAGCUUCCUGGAUGAAGUUUCCCGGCAACAGAUCAUGGUGGAGAAGCAACGGCGGGACGAGGAGAAGCAGGAGCUGCUGGAAUACAGAAGCGCUUUAGUGAAGAAGGCGUCAGCAGAGAGCCGACGGGAGCCGGAGAAGUCUUCAUCCAAACCUUCAGGGGAGCAAAAGACCAGCCACCUGUCUCAGGCACAUUUAUUAGUGGGAGCUGUCAAAAGACGCAAUUCCUCUCGGUCAUCAGAGAGCAGCAAGAAGCAGAAGGUGGAAAAAUCCUCGUCCUCAACAGGAAAUGGAGACAGACACGCAGAGCAGGAGGGUGGAGCAGGAGAGGUGGGGGCUCCUGAGGACCACCGAGCUGUUCCUGGCCUGGCGGCGAAGACCCCAUCGGUUCCCCUCAGCUCCGCCCAGGGCGUGUUGCACCUCCCGUCUGCGGCCGUGUGUGUCGGCGUUUUACCGGGACUGUCCGCCUACUCCGGCAGCAGCGACUCUGACAGCAGCUCAGACAGCGAAGGUAGCGUGGACGUAAUCAUGUUGCCGUACCCGCGGCACAGCCGGGCCUACAGAUAGGCACGCACACACACACACAUUGAUGUAGUUUGCAGUGGUUUUACACAAUUUCAGCUUUUAGGAGCUCCGACUCCGUUGGUGUUAAGUUAUUUAUUAAUUUAUUUGAUGUUGUGGCUCUGAAACGUGACACCUUCCCUCAAUCACGUCUCACACAGUUUAAGCUGAGCAUCCAAUCCCGCAUUGCCUCCCCUGAUGCCCCCCCUCCCAUGCCACAGCCGCUGUGCUUUUGGCUGAAGGAACAGUGAUCGACAGCCGUGGAGCAAAGAAGAGACUGAUCUAAUCUGUCACGAUUGUUUUAUCUGUCAGCUGCUGAGGACCGAGAGGACGGUGCGGUCGCCUCACUCCAGAUCCCAGUGAGGCUAAAAAGAUUUUAGUUGUGUUUUUAACAAUAUGCUGGACUUUAUUUCCUGUCUCAGAUGUUGGAAUGUCAUUCUUUUGUCAAAUUCCCAACAGAAAAAUAAAGAACUUUACCUCC